GUACGAUAGUUUAGUGCAGUGUUGCACGCGGGCGCUGUCCAGCAUAUAGGCUCCUGAAUAGCACUGCGCGAGAAUCAAAAUCUUGAAGGUCGUUGGCGGUCCUGCCCAAUGUUAUCAUGACUGCGAUGGAGACACGCGCCCUUCUACUUUUCCUGCUGAUGUCGGUCAGUAGAGAAUGCUUUGGCUCUAAAGGAGAGGACCGCCUGUUCCGUAAACUCUUCAGGAGAUAUAACCAGUUCAUUCGGCCAGUUGAAAAUGUGUCCGACCCCGUCACAGUGGAGUUUGAAGUCUCUAUAUCCCAGCUAGUCAAAGUGGAUGAAGUGAACCAAAUUAUGGAGACCAACCUGUGGCUGAGACACAUCUGGAAUGACUAUAAGCUUCGCUGGUUGCCUGCUGAAUAUGAUGGCAUUGAAUUCAUUAGAGUCCCAUCCAACAAGAUUUGGAGACCUGAUAUCGUCCUUUACAACAAUGCUGUUGGCGACUUCCUGGUGGCGGACAAAACCAAGGCCCUGCUGAAGUAUGACGGCACCAUCACGUGGGUGCCCCCUGCCAUCUUUAAGUCCUCAUGUCCCAUGGACAUCACCUACUUCCCCUUCGACUACCAGAACUGCUCCAUGAAGUUUGGCUCCUGGACCUACGACAAGGCCAAGAUCGACCUGGUGCUGAUCGGCUCCAAGGUCAACCUCAAGGACUUCUGGGAGAGCGGCGAGUGGGUGAUCAUCGACGCGCCGGGCUACAAGCACGACAUCAAGUACAACUGCUGCGAGGAGAUCUACCCGGACAUCACCUACUCCUUCUACAUCCGCCGGCUGCCGCUCUUCUACACCAUCAACCUCAUCAUCCCCUGCCUCCUCAUCUCCUUCCUCACCGUGCUCGUCUUCUACCUGCCCUCCGACUGCGGCGAGAAGGUGACUCUUUGCAUCUCGGUCCUCCUCUCUCUCACUGUGUUCCUGCUGGUCAUCACAGAGACCAUCCCCUCCACAUCACUGGUCAUCCCGCUGAUCGGCGAGUACCUGCUCUUCACCAUGAUCUUCGUCACGCUCUCCAUCGUCAUCACCGUCUUCGUGCUCAACGUGCACUACCGCACGCCCACCACGCACACCAUGCCGGCGUGGGUGCGGAACGUCUUCCUGUGCGUGCUGCCCCGCGUCUUGCUCAUGCGUCGGCCCAUCGACCAGCAGGAGCGCAAGGUGGCGCAGAAGGAGCGCCUGGAGGUGGAGAAGGGGGGGAUGGAGAAGGACAGGAAGACGAAGAAGAGGAGCAGCGGAGGCUGCCAGGACGGGGGGAUGAACUGCGUGGAGGGCGGAGGAGUGGGGGUGGAGGGGAAGGGGGGCAGCCGCUCCGUGGCGGCGGGCGAGGUGGAGGCGGCGAAGGCGGGCCGGGCGCUGACCGCGCCUCCGGCCGUCAACGCGGUGGUGGCCUUCUCGGUCGUCUCGCCGGAGAUCAAGCAGGCCAUCGAGAGCGUCAAGUACAUCGCCGAAAACAUGAGGAACCGGAACAAGGCCAAAGAGGUGGAGGAUGACUGGAAAUAUGUUGCCAUGGUGAUUGACCGGAUCUUUCUCUGGGUAUUUGUGACAGUUUGCGUCCUGGGGACACUGGGGUUGUUCAAGCAACCUCUCAUUGGGUUCUGAAGCACAGUCCACUCUUUUCACAUCCUACUCCGUCCCAGCAGUAACCCUCGUCCUAUUCAACAGUGCCAAGUAUACAGUAUAGUCUUCAGAGCACUAAAGAAAACUAGGAAAGGAUAUCAGGACAGGGCCACAAAUCUGUUUUCCAGCCUGUCAGUUAUGAUUUUUUAUUUACAGUAAUCUGAAGUAUUUUUCAGUGAGUCACCCGUGCUUCCAAUGAAUGACUGAACGCUUGAAUUCCCUUCUUGUUUUACUGAACCACCUGACUGACAUUGGAGUCAAUUUCAGCCUCUUGCUUUGGCAUUUCAUGUCUAUGAAGAGCUCUCAUUAUUGUGAAAACAUGCCAAAAUCAUGCACAUGUUAUAUUAUGCCCUUUAAGUUGGGAGCGGCAUUUGAGAUGAAAAAGUUAAGGAGUUUGGCCAGGUUGAGUCUUAAUGACAUUUGUUUAGGUCGACCUUGAAAAGCUGAACUUAGCUGAAAAGCUUAGUUCUGUAAUAAAAUGUAGCACAAAGUUCAACAGCAGGUUGGGUGAGAUGUACAUGCGAUCUGUAAAUACUGUACUCCUAAUGUCAAAUAAAAGAAUCUCUUUGCCAACACAA